AUGGUACUAGCAGCCUGUACCGCAUGUCGCAAGCACAAGGCCAAGUGCUCCGGCGAAAGACCGUCGUGCCGUCGUUGUAUUCAAAGGCAAAUUGAAUGCCACUGGACAACAAAGCCUGGAGAGACCAGCGCACAAGCCCUCAAACGAGGUUAUCAAGACAUACGAAACAAAAAGUCACCUCAUCAGGAGCUAUUCGAGCUUAUAAGGCAUUUAUCCGACCAAGAGGCUGAACAUGUCUUUCAAAGAAUUAGAUCCGGGGCCGACGUGAUGACAAUUCUGAACCAUAUCAGAGUUGGCAAUGUUAUGUUGCAAAUGGCUGUUUCCCCCGAGACUCGAUUACGAUAUGUAUUCCCAUACCGAUCAGAAAUGCCCGAAGAUAUCUUUAUAAAUAAUCCCUAUAUGGAGUCGAAGAUAUAUGAAGCCGCGUCGCUUUACUCGAACUCGUCAGGGUACACCGCCUCCAACUUCGAUGGCAGUAUGGGCUCCGACGAGUAUCAGAAUCUCUAUAUAAAACCAUUCCAUUCAGCAGAGGUUAUUGAUCCUCUGUUGGCCAAUGCAAAGCCAUCUUCGUGGACGGCGGUUUGCGAUGAUGAUGUACUCAUGCGAGACCUUCUCUCAGUAUUUUUCAGAUGCGAAUACCAUUUCACUUCGGCAUUUCAGAAAGACUACUUCUUAGAAGACAUGGCCACCAAACGAAAAGACUUUUGCUCGCCUUUGCUCGUCAAUAUCGUUCUGGCUUAUUCGUGUGUUUGUUAUCCGAAAUUUUCGGACCGUUCAGAGUACUGGAAUCCUAAAACAAUCGGAUAUGCUUUCGCUGCUGAAGCAAAGCGUCUGUGGGAGUUAGAAUCUGAAAUUCCACGAAUUACCACGAUACAAGCUGGGAUAAUCUUUAACGUUUUUUAUAACCUCUGCGGCUUGGACGAGGUUGGGCAAUCCUAUAGAAUACAGGCGAUAGCUCUGGCUCAUCAGAUUCGACUAUUUGACAGCCCUAUGGACGAACAAACUAUGCACCCGCGGACAGUAAGAUUACAAAAGGGCAGGGCGUUUGCCGCAUGGUCUUUAUUUAACUGGGAAACGCUCGUUAGCUUCUCCUUCUUGAUCCCUCCGCUACUCACCAAACCUCCGAUUUAUCCCUUACCAAAUCCCUCAGAAAAUGCACUCUGGUAUGGAGAAGUGUGGUUGAAUUACCCAUUAAGCCAUAGUCUAGUGCCAUCGAACUUUGGUCAAAUGUACAAGGCGAAAUCCCAAUUUCGCAUCAUCAUGAACGACUUUUGCCAUACGGCCUAUUCAGAAGACUCUGAGGUCACCAUCGAAAAAGCUAAUGAGCUGCUCUUUAAGCUUAGAAGCUGGUUCAAUAACCUACCAGAACCGCUUUCACCCAAGAAGAUUGCACUCCCAGGACAAUUGCAACUUCAUAUAUACUACCACCAUCUGAUACGUACCAUCUUUGAACCAUUGCUGCAAAAGGAAACAGACCAAGCAUUGCACAUACGCCAGGUCGUUGCCGAUUCCAAAAGAUAUCUCCAAACUCUGGUUCGACUUUACUAUAUCCGCCACGGUUACGAUGCCAUGGAUCUAUUCAUUGUUAUACCACUGAUGCUCAGUGCCUCGGAUUGUGUCGAAGCUAUAAAUGAUCAAAUACCUGAGGCUCAGCUUGAACUAUUGCGAUCCACGCUGAUUUUAGCUGUAACAGGGUUGUAUAGCCAACGCCGGAAUCACUACUUAGCCGAAGCGCUAUUCCGUGUUAUUCUAGGGCGAAUGCGACCCUGUGAGGUUGCUCUAUUAAAAGGCGCUAUGCCAACAGAUGAGAGUGAGUGGGAGGAGAAACAGGAGAUGGUACAAGCUGUAAGAAGUCAGUGGCCGGUUAGCAUCGUCAAAAAGAAAGAAGACUUGGAUUCUCACAUUUUGACGAAUCUUGUGGAAAACUAUGCUCGCUUGAAUGUGGAACAAGGUGCCCAAUCAGCGCAAAAUCGGGACUCGACUCAAGGGAACUAA